AUGAGCGUUCCCACCCCAUGGCUUGCCCCGCUUGUGGAGCAAUGCCUAGGCUCCUACCUAGGCCAGACCCCGCAAGAUGGCAUCGAAGUGGAGGACGAUGGAGCGACAUUGCGCUUCAGGAAGCCCGACCUCACGUAUAUGGCUGCUGUUUCAGAGUUGGUUGGCUUUUUCUACCAGUGGGGUCUAGGUCCCUCCCAUGACAGCGCACAGUUGAUCGAUGCCGAUAACCAGAUACUCGCGAUGUUUCCCCGCGGUCUGUCAGAUUCAAAAAUUUUCACACCGAACUCACACUCGAAAGAAAUGAGCCCUAGAAAGCAUUCGAUACAACUGCUGGACUUCGCCUUGGUCUUCCCAUACUCGACAUCCACUCCCGACGUGCACCUGAACGUCAACAGCUUUCGCAUCAACUGGGAGGAAGGGCCAAUCAAAGGAUUGAAGCCUUCAAAGAAGCUGAGAAAGAACCAGACUGUCAAGGUGCUGCUAGACAAAACCCUCCAGAAAGCGAAGAACAAGAGACUCGUUUCCAUGCCAAAUGGGGCAAGCACCGUACCCGCAAGGCCUCUCAAUCAGCAUCCCCCCCAGUCACAAAGUCGCGCUCAUCAUGACACGCAAUCACAGCGGAUUUUUUCUCAAAUCUCGUCUCAUGCCCAUGAUGCUCGGGAUCACACUUCCAGUGCGGACCGUCGUUUACUACAUGGGGCCAAUGAACUUCUUCAACAUCUUGAUCCGUCUUCUCGGCCAAACUCAAGAAACUCUAUAGGAGCAUCCAUACAGCGACAAGAGCAGACGAUAAAUCCUACUACAACAAGAGGCCCGCUUCAGGUCCUCCCUGAUGGAGAACCCGCUGCGAACGUCGUCCGGCGAUCGGGGUCUCCAUUGGAGGAGCACUCUGGUCGAGAAGACUCCAUCUCAUCCCAGCCCCAAACCGACAAUAUGAACCACCGCGAUAACUCUGAUAUGAAUGGCCCUCAAUCAGCGAUGCUUUCCUCUCCGCGAAGAACCCGACAAGAAACAGCAUCUCCAUUGUCGGAUCCGGACGAGCGUGCUGAUGCCCAGCUCUCUUCCAAUACCGCCAGUCGCUCGCCUUCGCGAAAACGACACCGUGAGAGUGCGGAACUUGACUCAGAACUCACCCGUGGUGAAAGCCUCUCACUUCCACCCCCUCAAAGGGUCAACCCUGGCUCCCCAUCUAGGAAAAGGCAGCGCAUCAACGAUACCAUCCAGGUGAAGUCAGGACAAGCGGUUACACCUGAACGACCGGCAACUAAAAUAUCUCACUUGAAUUUGAAGCAAGGGACUGAGCCAAAUGUUAAACCUGUAAUCGAUUCUCUGCCAGUUAUGAAAAACCCAUGGCAAGGGUUAUCCGAAAUUCGUGCGAGUGAUGUCAAUAUCCCCAAGGACCAGCUCGAACUUUUGGAUAGAAAGCUUUGCUGGAUCCCGCCGGCUACAGGCAAUCCCGAACCUCAUGGACAUGUGCCGGCUUGGCUUCUGAAGCAAUGGAACUCCAUUGCUCGGCUGAGGCAUGAGCUAAACCAUAAAGACGUAAGUAACAAAGCUGCUGAGAACGAGCCUGCAAGUCCAGCAUCGAGCCAGGGAAGUACACAAUCUUCUGAACGUGAAUCAUCAGAGGACGAAGAGCUUUACCCAUGGGAGGGCAGCUCCCCGGUCAGAGGUCCCCAAAAUCUGCCACCGGAAAGCAGCCCCGUGAGGCAACCGGUGUCAACACGGAGAAAUGCAACUCCGAAAGCCAGCAGUCAGAAAGAAAGACUUGGUGAUUCUCCUCGAAAGACACAAUCUAGGGUGAACUCAAAGUCUCCAACAAAAUUUGCCGGGCAUCCUCAGAGCACGCCUCGGACCUCAGCGUCUAAACCUCCUCUGUCAAACGAGCCUGAGAAAUUGAAAGCAGGUAGUCCGAUGGCCUUAACUCAAGACACCACGGAAGUCCAAGAACCUUCAGCUGAUCGGGAAGUGCAAGGCUCUCCUGCUCGUUCUACGAGUCAAAACUAUCACCUGGGCCAUGUAGGUCCAUUGGGCCAGUUGAUCUCUGAAGGAGAAGGAUCAACAGACUCAGAUACCCCAGGCUCUGCAGUCGAACAACCCGAGAAUGAGGAUCCGUCCAAUGAUGCAAGUGAUGAAGAGUCAGUGAUGGAAAAUUCGGUACCUCUUGCACUCGGUGAAAGCUUGCCGCCUACACAGUCCAGUCAGGUCAAGCAAGGACAUAUAGGCUCUGCUCAGCCUCUCUCUCAGCUCACCGAAGAUCAUGUUCAGGUCGCCGUGACUCCUCUGGUAGUGAACAAUCGACCACUGGAGAAUCGGGAUAGUAAUCAGAGCAGGGGCAGGGCUGACUCUUCACACCCGCAUUUCUCCUCUCAGAGCAACAAACAUUUCUCGCAAUCCCUAGUUCCGAACACCUACCCUUAUCCGGGAAGUCAUGAGAAGAGCCAGGCAUCUGAUGACCCAACAACUUCAUCCUCGCUUCGUUCGGAAGUUAAUGCGUCUCGAGCUGAAAUUGCGGUGCCUCAAACUCAGUCCAGCAGCACGAACUCACAGUCGCAAGGCACAUAUGACCCCUCAACACACGAAGUCGUGCUCGAGUCUUCGGGCCCAAACCAACGCUAUCACGACGUUCCUUGCUUGGGUUCAAAUCCUCCUGCCGAAACCUCAAAUCUUCCGUUCGGGACCUCUGCAGACAUAGCCUUCUCACAGCUUCAUGAUCCAACUCAAGAGCCCAUUACGCAGUUAUCUAUCAACGAGCAAACAAGUUCACCACACCCGUCACCAAUGAGGCAGCUCAACUCUUCGGUCUCCAGCCCAUAUCAAUCUCCGUCUAAAAGCCCACAAGACACGACAGAGGAGAUACAACAGAUGCCUCCAACCACACCAGCAACACAAAGCGCUGAACUAGUUGCUCGGCGUUCGGGCUUUAUUGGCGAUCCUGAAAAGUCAGUUGAGGCGCAGGAAAUAUACAGGAAAUUCUGCAACGACUACCCUGGCUAUACGGGUGAUUAUAACCAUUUCACUGAGCUUUGCUCAAGACUAAAGGAUGUUCGAGCCCAAGGCUUGCUACGCCGGUCCAACCUGUGGGAUGAUUUUAUUAUCAUGCACCUUGAACGAUUCCCUUCCUAUCUAGACAUCGGCACCUCCCAGUCGUAUGCCGAACCACGGAGUUAUGAGACUUACUUCACCUCCAACUUCUCCAAAUCUGCGAAUCGGAAACGCAGUCUUUCCGGUUACGCCAUUGAAGUCGUUGCAUCACAGUUCGCCGUGCCUGUUGUUACACAUACACAGUCUAGCAGCCAGGUGGAUCCUCCUUCUCAGACUACUAGGAGAGAAGCCAUAAACACCUCACUCGCAUCAAGCUUUGUGGAUAGGUUUUCAACUUUUCAAGCCCACUCCUUUGAAGAGCCCGUCAAAAACGGUCUUCCUGUCUUCCAAUCCGGUCUCCCAGCGUUGGACAGUCAUAUCACAUCUUCGAUGGAAACUGGCUCGUCAUCAGUACUUGUAAAGCUCGAAGGUUCUGAAAUGGAUCAAGAUGAAGUACUGUGUACCCAGAUAGCUCCCAUGAGCUCGCUCAUCGAAAUACCCGGUCUCGCUGAUUCCCAGCCAUGUGCCGGCGAGUGUCAACCCGCAGUCAGCCAGAUCAUCAACACCCAAGAUGAGCAGGAUGAUGUAAGUAUGGCCGGAGUUGAGGAGUCGGAGCACGACGAGUUGGACAAUGAGGAUAUCAGCCCUGAAGAUCUGGAUGCUGAAGAGCUCGACGCCGAUGACACCCGCCACGAGACCGCCAGCGUUGAGCUCGGUGACGACACAUUCAUCUCAGCUGUCUCUCAGUCAAAUACAGUUGAAGUUCCUGAAACACAGCCCGAGCGUGAAGACGAGCCUGAAGAUGAGAACUGGUUCGCCUCGCUGCGGCACAUCUGGUCCAGAGAUAAGCCCGUAUGGUCUGACCACCCCACAACUCCAUUCAAGACCUGGGCGGAGGCCGACCAGAAUGUGCUAAGCGAGCGACGUCGUCGCGGGGGAGCUAAGAUUCUCCUCGACGAAAAUGGUGUCAUCCGCCGGCCAACUCAUCGUUAA